AUGUCAUCAUGUGUCUCUAGCCAGCCCAACAGUGACCGGGUCGCCCCCCAGGAUGAGCUGGGGGGCGGGGGCAGCAGCAGCCAAGCCCAGAAGCCCUGUGAGGCCCUGCAGGGCCUGUCGACCUUGAGUCUCCGCCUGAGCAUGGAGUCCUUCAUCGUGGUCACGGAGUGCGAGCCAGGCUGCGCGGCCGACAGCCCAGAGGUGCCCUUCCACACUCCCAGGCCUCAGCUCUCCGGCCGCAAGCUGUCUCUGCAGGAGCGGUCCCAGGGUGGCUCGGCACCCGGCGGCUCUGACGUGAACGGGCGCUGUGUCUGCCCAUCCCUGCCCUACUCGCCCACUGGGUCCCCACAGUCUUCGCCACGGCUGCCCCGCAGGCCCACGGUGGAGUCCCACCACGUCUCCAUCACAGGCAUGCAGGACUGUGUGCAGCUGAACCAGUACACCCUGAAGGACGAGAUUGGAAAGGGCUCCUACGGCGUGGUCAAGCUGGCCUACAACGAAAACGACAACACAUACUACGCCAUGAAGGUGCUGUCUAAGAAGAAGCUGAUCCGCCAGGCAGGCUUUCCACGCCGCCCUCCUCCCCGAGGCACCCGGCCGGCCCCCGGGGGCUGCGUCCAGCGGAGGGGCCCCAUCGAGCAAGUGUACCAGGAGAUCGCUAUCCUCAAGAAGCUGGACCACCCCAAUGUGGUGAAGCUGGUGGAGGUCCUGGAUGACCCCAGUGAGGACCAUCUGUACAUGGUGUUUGAACUCGUCAACCAGGGGCCUGUGAUGGAGGUGCCCACCCUCAAGCCGCUCUCUGAAGACCAGGCCCGCUUCUAUUUCCAGGAUCUGAUCAAAGGCAUUGAGUACUUACACUACCAGAAGAUCAUUCACCGGGACAUCAAGCCGUCCAACCUCCUGGUCGGAGAUGACGGACACAUCAAGAUCGCCGACUUUGGCGUCAGCAACGAGUUCAAAGGCAGCGAUGCACUCCUCUCCAACACCGUGGGCACGCCUGCCUUCAUGGCGCCCGAGUCGCUCUCCGAGACCCGGAGGAUCUUCUCAGGGAAGGCCUUGGACGUCUGGGCCAUGGGUGUGACGCUCUACUGCUUUGUGUUUGGCCAGUGCCCCUUCAUGGACGAGCGCAUCAUGUGUUUACACAGUAAAAUCAAGAGCCAGGCGCUGGAGUUCCCUGACCAACCCGACAUAGCCGAGGACCUGAAGGGCCUCAUUACUCGCAUGCUGGACAAGAACCCCGAGUCGAGGAUCUUGGUCCCGGAGAUCAAGCUGCACCCCUGGGUCACGAGGCACGGGGCGGAGCCGCUGCCGUCGGAGGACGAGAACUGCACGCUGGUCGAGGUGACCGAAGAGGAGGUCGAGAACUCGGUCAAACACAUUCCCAGCCUGGCGACAGUGAUCCUGGUGAAGACCAUGAUCCGGAAGCGUUCCUUCGGGAACCCAUUCGAGGGCAGCCGGAGGGAGGAGCGUUCCUUGUCAGCACCUGGGAACCUGCUCGUGUGA